UGGUGGUUUCCUUUACCUUAGGCAGGCCGCAUCCUUAGCGAAGCUUCAAACCCCAUAGCCUUACGUUCUAGGUUGCACCCCUUUUCAACACAACAAACAACAAAAGCAACAGAGGCAACUGCCUUGCAUCUUGAGGACCCUAAUUAUUAUGUAUGGCAAUGGCAGAGUCGACGUCCACGCCUCCUCUAACAUCCAUUGUUGAAGCCUUUGAGGAGUUGGACAAGUUCCUCCAAUCCCAACCACAACAACAGAGGCUAAGUUUGGAUACCUUCUGCCAGGCCUCUUCUCUCGUCUCCAUCCUCUUCAGUUGCCUUGGCCUCGCUUUCAAGUUCGCCGAGAUGGAGUACGUCUCCAAGGUUGAUGAUCUUGUGGAAGCAUCAAAGACUUACGACACCUUAGAAAGUAUAAUUGAUUUUGAUGUUGCAAAUGACAUGGUAAAAACCCCGGGAAGCCACUCACGUAAUUUGCGCCGAGUUAGGCAGGGCCUUGACCUCAUCAGAGCUUUAUUUGAACAAUUUUUGUCGACCGAUGACUAUUCUUUAAGGGAAGCAGCUUCUACGGCUUAUGCCCAAGUUUGUGCGCCAUACCACAGUUGGACAAUAAGGACAGCAGUUGCUGCCGGCAUGUAUGCUCUUCCGUCAAGGGAUCAACUUCUGGUGAAUCUCGAAGAAACCCACCAGUCAGCAGAGAAGAAGAUGAAAAGGUACAUCCGGGCCUCACGUCCGGUGAUUGAGUACAUCGACAAGCUAUACCUUUCUAGGAGUAUCACCUUGGACUGGUGACUUGAGUCUUCAUCUAUUAUUGUAUAUGCAGCUCUAGUUCUUUAACAUCACUUCUUUUACUCUACAAUUUGCAUGUACAUAAGUGUUAUUACCGUGCUACAAGAGACCUAAUGUUUUAUAGGAGGCUAUUAUUUAGACUGCAAGAUCAAAAAAAUUAUCGCAUGGCUCAAGGCAGUGCUGCUGCAAAAGUUAUUAGUUAAA